CGGUCGGCUCGCCCGCUCUACCUCUGCGGAGUCUGGGGGCAACGCGGCGGCAUUGGCCACUAUCCUUCAUCCCCCGGGGCCGCGGAAGAAAAGGGCGCCCAGAAAACAGAAAGAACUCUUAAUUCGAAAGCACAAAUGGUAAAAUCAUUGGUCAUUGGAAUCAGUGGUGUGACAAAUGGUGGGAAGACGACCUUGGCUAGAAACCUUCAAAGACAACUCCCGAACUGCAGUGUCAUCUCUCAGGAUGACUUCUUUAAGCCAGAAUCUGAGAUAGAGAUUGAUGAGAAUGGAUUUUUGCAGUAUGAUGUGCUUGAUGCUCUUAAUAUGGAAAAAAUGAUGUCCACUGUGCAUUCCUGGAUGAAGAAUUCCCAACAUGCUGUGGAGUCACGUGACUCUGAAAGUACUGAGGGAGUUUAUAUUUUGAUUAUUGAAGGUUUUCUUCUCUUUAAUUAUAAGCCCUUGGAUACUAUAUGGAAUAGAAGUUACUUUCUGACUAUUCCGUAUGAAGAAUGCAAGAGGAGAAGGAGUGCUAGAGUCUAUGUACCACCAGACCCACCGGGGUACUUUGAUGGACAUGUAUGGCCCAUGUACCAGAAAUACCGAAGAGAAAUUGAUGACAUUGCAUGGAACAUUGUUUAUUUAGAUGGUACCAAAUCCGAGAGAGACCUGCUUUUACAGGUGUAUGAUGAUCUAAUAAAGGAGCUGGUAAAGCCAAAGUUGUCUUGAGGGGUGGGCAAGCCUUCAUUUUCAAAAGUAACUUCGUAAAGAUGGAAUACAAUUGGAUUCUUCCCAGCCUGUAUUAGAAAAGUAUGGAGAUGUGAUUUAAUCAACUGUAGCCACUGCACUCUGCAAACUUUGAUCCUGCCAAACUAAUCAUCAUUAUGACCUUAAUGGUUCAUAUAUCUGUACAAUAUGCUAUUUGUCAUCCGUGUAAUCUCACUGGAUCACAGCUGUAUUCAUAAGAGACUUAUUCUCCCCAGUUUUGAAAGCAUGCAGUUCAACUCUGUGAUUUCAUAGAACAGAGAUAUUGUAAACACCUACUAAUCAUCUCUGUGGCUGGCGUUAUGAUAACUUUAUGCCACAUACCCGUGUAUUUGCCCUUUAAAAUAAGGGUGAAUUGGACAGAAUUGAAACGGUUUCAGGUAACCUCUUGCUGUACUUUGUUUGCUCAGAAUAGUAAUCCAGAAAGUGAUUUGGUGAUUGAUAUAUAUUUGUAUGUGUACACACACACACACACACACACACACACACACACUACCAUGAAUGCACUCUGAACUUGAAGUUUGAAGUCUCAGUUGGAGAUUAACUUUGAGGAUGCUGCUAGAAGUUUUUUGUUUUUUUUUAAACUACAUUCAAUGCAAUGCAGGGGUCCUACUGUAAUAGAAGCAAAUUUGUUGUAAUUCAUUUUGUUCAGCUCUUCAAUAAGAGUCCUGAAUAUCUGUGGCUUGACAUUUUCAGCCAAAAGCAAUAUUUUCCUCGAAUUAAUCAAUCAA